AUGGCCGCCCAAACAUCCUCGCCUUCGUCCACGCCCAAACCCUCCUCGCCACCACCGGCAUACACCGAGUUUCCUGACCAGUCAUCUCAGCAGCAAUCGUCGACCAUGAGCGCACCUGACCCCGCACCCUUCCCAACUCAUGCAGGAUACGGUCCAACACCUAUCGCACAGCAAACACAGCUGUUACCGUACUAUGACCCUCGCUCACCGCAUGCUCUGGCGGAGGCCGGAGUCCGGGCUCGCAGGCGGUUCAUCGGUGCCAUGCUUUGGGCGGUGGCGAUCGUGCUUUUGGCGAGCUCUAUCACUGGCUACACGCGUUUCCUGUCUUCCGCUGUCCGUGUCGCCGCCCUGGCUGUUGAUGUUCUGAACCCGUCUUUUCCCCGCUCUGCUCUGUUGCCGCCUCCUAUAUCUUCCGAGUUCUCUAAGAGUACCAUACUGUUGUCUCAAUUGCCCACCCUGGAGUCGUCUGUACCAACCCACCGACUGUCCCCCUUUCCCUCCGCCGUGGCUUCUCAACCUUUUGGUGAGGAGUACAUCAACCGCUCCCUCCUAGACAGCGUCGACGCACAGGCAGACGCUGAGCCCAUAUCCUCGUCUGACUCCGAAGUCCCCGGAUCGUCUGCGAACGCUUUCGGCUCCCUGUCCACCACUUCUUCAAUGUCCAUAGGAUCGCCCCCUGUGCCAUUCCACAUGACGAUGCAAUCACAACAGCAGCACCCUCGUCCAGAUUCCCCUAACAAUAUGCUUCCCAAUCAUCUCAAGUCUCCCACUCACCUAGUCGACCCGUACAGCGCGGGCCCGCAAAACACAAAUACCAACCACUCGAUGUAUAACAGCAUGAACAAUAUUCAUAUCCCUACAUCCGAAUACGCCUCGCUAUCGUCGACCGAGCCGGAGGCUCUUAAUCUGAAUUCGAAGCUCAACGGCUUCAACUCGGUGCCGUUCCGGACUUCCACGUCGUUCAACCCCUUCCCUGGUCGUCCGCGCAACGGCGCUGUACCGUUUCGCGAUGCUUCAGCAGCCUUUAACACCUUCCCUCCGCCUUCAUCUGAAAUGUACGGCGGUCAAAAUCUGCAGCCCCCGCAGUCACCGCCGUCUUAUGGCCACGAUGGGCUCCACCAUCCGGGUCGUGCCCACGAUUUCGCCGGUGUGGGACCUACCACAUCCGUCCCAAACGGUUUGCACCAGGUUGGCCAAUCCUUCAUCGAUCCCAUGCGCCGGAGCAUGGAGCUUUUGCAAUCGCAAGUCAAUCAGCAGGCUCCGAUGACAGGCGGAAUGGCGCUGCAUCAGCCUGGGCCACAGCAAUCGUUCCAAGGACCAUUCGCAAAUGGGAACCCGCACACCCUCUCACAUGCCCAUCCCAGUGCACUGCCCCCGCAGACGCAGUUUGGACCCUCUAUGACUGCAACUUCUGCCGGGUCUGGACCAGGUGCCAACGGUCAGGGAAGCACUCUCACGGGCACCUCCAGCAUGAACCAUGUGAACGGCGGCUCGCAGAACCAGCAGCAGGAAGAGAUCUCGACUAUCUUUGUCGUCGGCUUCCCAGAAGAUAUGCAGGAGCGAGAAUUUCAGAACAUGUUCACCUUCUCGUCAGGGUUCGAAGCGGCGACGCUCAAGAUACCGAACAAAGAGUAUACCGCAUACGGUUCGACGGGCGCCUCGGGUACGAAUUCACGUCUCCCAUAUCCUGGCGCGAACGAUCCGUACAAUUUGGUGACGGUGAAUCAAGGCGGUGUUGUUGUGGACGGUGGACGCGAUGGCCCAACCACCUCGUGGCCUGCUGCGCCGAUGCAGAAUGAUGAGAGCCACUUCAUUCCAUCCAAUCUUCCCGCGCAGCCGCCUCGCAAGCAGAUCAUUGGCUUCGCGAAGUUCCGUACGCGCCAGGAGGCGCUUGAGGCACGUGACAUCCUCCAAGGCCGUCGUGUCGACGUCGAGCGCGGGUCGGUGCUCAAGGCUGAGAUGGCGAAGAAGAACCUCCAUACGAAGCGUGGCCCUGGUGUACCCCCCGGCAUGCCUCUGAACUCACUCAUGAAUGGCGCAGGUGGCAACGUGACCGAGUCAUUAGCCAGUUAUGCUAGCCUGAAUGGCCUUGCUGGACUUGGCGGUAACACUGGCCCUACAGGGGCUGGUGAACUUCCCCUGGCACAAAGAGAUAGGGAGCUUGGUGCACUUGGUGCUAUGGGUAUAGUCGGUCUCGGCCCACGCAGGGAUCGGCUGAUAGACGGAAACGGAAGGGUUGAGGAGGACCGGCGGCGCACGGAUCCCAGCACUGGGAGUGCCAUGUUGACGUUCUCUCAGCGCGGCGCCCGUGAGCGCGCGGAAGAGGACGAACGGGAGCAGGAGCGAGAGCGGAAGCGCAAGGAGAAGGAGGUGGCCCGACUACGCCAAAACUCGUUUGCAUUCGAGGCGUUCCAUUCGGUUCCCCAGCAGAUGGUGCGGCAGGGUGCGAACUCUCUCCUCUCUGCAGAGAAUGGCGUGCUUCCUCCGGGUGCGCUUCAACACGUGCCGAUGGGACUGUCGUCGCCACCGGCGUUGCACAAGACGCCGUCGCAGAACGAGGGCAUGCACGGCUUGAGUCAGAGUCCGUGGGGUAAUUUGCGGGACGUAGGGGCUAGUGCCGCUUUGAGGAAGAUGUCUGCCCCCGUGCUGUCAUCCACUCUACCGCCUCGCCCCGUGUCCCCGCCGCAGCAAUCGCCUCCGGGCAAUUUCGACAUUCCUUCUGGUCUGUCUUCCGGUCCCCUGUCGGCGACGUCGCAGAAUGGCUCCGGGCUUCCAGGUAACAGGAGUGCACCUUUCUCGCCACAGUCCAACACGUCUUCUCUGCCGAGCCAUCCGUCGCUACCUACGCGUCCGCGACCGUAUUCACCGAGUAACGAACAGCAGCAGCUACAACAACAGCCUGCUGGUGUGCUGCAGCCACUGACGAGCCCAUCUUCCCUACCCGCUUCCAGCGCAUCGAGUGUCAGUGGAUCGCAGAGCGGGGCCGAUGAGGAGCUUUCGCGGUCUGUCGCCGUUCUCGCGGUGAGUACUGAUCAAGGGACAACAUCGCCACAGCUGCCAUCACCGGCGUCGGGCGCGAGCUCAGGAACAGGCAGAGCUUCAGGGGACCAGAACCCACCCAUCAACACGUUGUACGUUGGGAACCUGCCUACGUCGCCCACUCCUAGUGGCUUGCCUCUCACGUAUCUCGAGGACCGCUUGAGAGAUCUGUUCUCGAAGCGACCCGGAUAUCGGAAGCUCUGCUUCAGGCAAAAGAGUAAUGGACCGAUGUGCUUCGUGGAGUUUGAGGAUGUCAACUAUGCGACGAAAGCCCUCAACGAGUUGUCGGGUAACACGCUCAGCGGCCUGGUCAAGGGUGGAGGCAUUCGCCUCUCCUACAGCAAGAAUCCCCUCGGUGUCCGUACGCCCACCAGCGGGAAGGAUGCGAGCAUGCAGCAACAACAGCAAAGUCACGCGUUGGGCCAGGCAUUUGCGGACCCGUACACGCCCAGGUUCAACGACCUCGAAGUAGGUCGUGGGCGCCGAGACACAACGGGGAUGACAUCGCCGACCUCCUCUUAUCAUUAUACAACGUCCCCUCCUCCGCCUCGCUUUAUCUCGCCGCCGCCUACAGGCUCCUUCUCGGCAUCGCUCGCAGGCCCUACGGCGUUCCCUCGAGCUAACCCGCAGGCUUAUGGACUGACCAACACCGGCGGCGGCGGCAGCAGCACCACGUUUUCUCCUUUCGGCAUUCCUCCAUCGCAUUCGAUGAUACCCGAUCAGCCAAACGCUGACGCCAACAACGACCCCCUCUCGCAAAGCUUGUCCUCAACUCCAUCACCGAACAUAGAGGCCAGCCGCGCAGGUUGAUGGCCACAUGCUGCAUCUCCUAACUAUGUGCAAUCCUCCCUAUCUCCCAAGUGCAUAUUUACCCAGGCUACACUUGACUGUCCGGACGUUUAACUUCUUAUUCGUACAUUCUCGCAGCAAUUCUUUGCAAUCGCCUGGGCUCCACACGCAGACCCUGUCCUACAGAAUUAUUUGUUCUAAUGCUCCUUUCAGUCUGUUUUCGCCGCACCGUCCGUCUGCUUCCCCGAUCCCUUUUACCAUAGCAUUGAUUCCACUGCUCUUGCAUAGCUUGCAUUUAUGCUGUUUGGCUAGUCUCCAUCAGGGUCUACUGUGCUGGUUGUUCUCCCUACACGAUAUGUAUUCUACUCAGUAUUUAGCAAAACAGUUCCUGGCAAC